AUGGCGAAGACGAAGCAAGCGAAGCGCAGCAGCGCGUCGAGCACGCCCUACGAGCGGCCCAGCGGUGGCGGCGCAGGGGGAGGCGCCGGGUCGGCCAAGAACACCGUCUUCAAGUUCAACACCAACUUCGGCCAGCACAUCCUCAAGAACCCCGGUGUGUCCGACGCCAUCGUCGACAAGGCCUACCUCAAGCCGACCGACACCGUCCUCGAAAUCGGCCCCGGAACGGGUAACUUGACGGUCCGGAUAUUGGAAAAGGCCAAGAAGUGCAUAUGCGUGGAGCUGGACCCGCGAAUGGCGGCCGAAGUGACGAAGCGAGUCCAGGGAAAGCCCGAGCAGCGCAAGCUCGAGGUCAUUCUCGGCGAUGUGAUCAAGACGGAACUGCCAGCGUUUGAUGUUUGCAUUUCAAAUACCCCUUAUCAAAUCUCCUCGCCCCUCGUCUUCAAGCUCCUCGCCAUGCCCAACCCUCCGCGCACCUCCAUCCUCAUGUUCCAGCGCGAAUUCGCCCUCCGCCUCACCGCCCGCCCCGGCGACGCGCUCUACUGCCGACUCUCCGUCAACGCCCAGUUCUGGGCCAAGAUCACGCACGUCAUGAAGGUCGGCAAGAACAACUUCCGCCCCCCUCCGCAGGUCGAGUCCUCGGUCGUGCGCAUCGAGCCCAAGAUUGGCAAGGACCGGCCCAACGUCAGCUGGGACGAGUGGGACGGCCUCCUGCGCGUCUGCUUCGUGCGCAAGAACAAGACCUUGCGCGCGAGCUGGCUCGGCACCAAGGAAGUGCUCGCCAUGGUCGAGCGCAACUACCGCACCUGGUGCGCCAUGAACGGAGUCCCCGUCGACGACUCCCUGGUCGACGACGAGAGCGGCGAUGCGGCCGAGGAGGACAUGGACAUGGACGGUGGCGACGCGCCCGCCGACGAGAACGAUGAGGGCAUGGACGUCGACGGCGAUGACGCCCCCGACUUCUUCAAGGAGCUGCGCGCCGCCGGCGCCGCGACCGCCAAGACCAAGAGCAAGCGCAAGAAGACAAAGGUCGCCGAGCUCGUCCGCGAGAAGAUACGCAAGGUCCUCGAGGACGAGACGGAGCUGGCCGACAAGCGUGCCGGCAAGUGCGACGAAAACGACUUCUUGCGGCUUCUCUGGGCCUUCAAUAACGAGGGCAUCCACUUUUCGUAG